GCGCUGUUGGCCACCAUCACUCCAGCCUCGAUCGCGUCUACUGCCUCCCUUCUCUUCUCCCCCCGGCACUGUCGAUUCUCGCAAACAAAUAUAUCAGUGCUAAGCACACAGAAGCCUUGUAACAGUCCAACAUGGCACCCAAGGCACCUCGAAAGGCCUCUGUCUCCGGACGCGACUCUGCAGCCACAAGUGGUUCAAAGGCAUCGCAGAGUACAUCUAUGCCACCCCCACCAGUUCCUGUUCCACCAAAGGGCAUCUUGGAACCAGAGGUUGAAGCCCUCUCAAACUGCCUGAGAAGUGCUACAGUGAAGACGGGACAGAUCUACGGGUUUUACGCAGAUGCUAAGAAACUGGGCAUACAACAGUAUGCAUCACGGCCACCCCGCUCCCUCACCGCCUCCCUAGGACGCGAGGUUGAGAAGUACGAUCAACUAUGCGACGCAAUCGAGUCCCAACUGCAACGUGCAAUAGCCGUUCUACAGCGCGACAUCCACAGGGAGGAGCAGCGUCUCAAAACUGAAGCUGAAGCUGCCGCCGCGGCAGCGGCCAAAGCAGCAGCAGCCGAGGCCUCGACAUCAUCCUCUUCACCAAUGGUAUCCCCGACAUCACCCACACUAUCCAAUCCUUUUACCGGCCAGCCCCUUGAGUCGUCACCUGAAGGCACAGGCCCGAAGCCUCUCCCAACUCCCGCACGCCGCCAGUCGACCGUCUCGCUCUCGUCCCUGCAGCGCCCGAGCUUCCAGCACAAGCUCGACCUCUCCGGUGUCAGCAUGCGCAUCAACCCCGACGAGCUCCUGUCCGGCAUCCCGAGCGGGCUGUCGUCCCCUGUCACCCUCGCACCGAAGUCUUCGCACCGGACGAUCCCGCAGGAGCUCGUCAUGGCUGCGCUCACGGAAGCAGCGAACAGGCCUGUGGACGUAGACUUGACUGUAGACGCAGACAUGGAUAUGUCCCAGGCCGCCAGUGCAGCCGUCGCUUCGCUCGAUCCCACCGCGGGGACGUCCGCGGACAAGCCGAUCGAGCUCGACCUAGACAUGGACAUUGAGCUGUUCAACGCCGCUGCCGAUGCGGCCGCGCGCGAUGGGAACCAGCAGAUGUUCAACCAACCCGGAGUGCAGUCGACAGGCGGUGGUUCCGCAAGCAUGGUCCCCGACGUGAAACCCAAGCAAGAAGAGGACUUCUUCUCUGACGCACUAAAUGCCGGGAACGCUUCGGGUGACAUGGGUGAUAUCCUAGCGUCCUUUGGCCGGGCUUCCGAGCAUGGCGACGCGAGUCGGCCACAGCCGUCAAUGUCGGGCCCUAUGAAGGUGCCUUCCCCUGGCUCACUCCUUGCGUCCUUCGACACUUCCCAGCAUCAUCCCGCGGGUCCAUCGGGUCAGCAGAACGAGGCGCAGUUCGACUUGAACUCAAUUGAUCUAUCGAACUUUGGCGACGAUAUGUUCGGUGGACAUAAUGAGGAGCCGACGACAAUGAGCAUGUCGGAGGUGGAGAAUUUGUUCAACAUGGAUUCAUUAGGAGGUGAAAACAAAGAAGGUACUGCAUCCUGAAUGUCGGAUAUUUGCUGUCAGUCGCAUUGUAUCAUAGCUUUUGCACACAUAUUCAUUAUCGACGUCGCUUGCUUCGGAGGUAGGCAAGAGUGAGUGGAAUCGAUCUCAUUAGUCACUAGCGCUAU